AGUCAGAAAAGGUUUAGCAGCAGGCAGUCGGAGGCUCGGAGCAGACGAAGUCAGAGAGAUCAACGAGAGAGAGAGAGAGAGAGAGAGAGAGAGAGAGAGGGAGGAGAGAGGAGAAAGAUGGGUGCAUUUUGGGGGAGCAGAGUGAUGGAGAUCGUAAAGAAGCACGACUCGUCUGGGCUUCUGUGGAAGAGAAUUAAGCUCACUACCACUCGCAAAGCCAACGCCAAGAAGCGCAUACUUCGUGUCUGGCAGAAUGACGCGGUUCUAAAGGCAUGUGCUGAGCCACCUCUUCAGAAAACUGCACAGAUGGACGCUGAGGGAUCACAGUUAAAGAAAGAUUGAACAGCCAGGAUUAGCCAAUAAGUUGUGUUUCCGCUAAAGGAACAGUUAUGGUAUGGGUUCUCUGGUAUUUGUGCUGGAUUUACUGGAUUUAAAGUUUGGAAAAUCCUGUUGACAUCCAAUUUGCCAAUAUUUUGGGAGUGUUGGGAUCCUUUCAGCACAUUAUAUUUCCUAUGAACGUCACUUGGCCGCACAUUCAUUAUUGAUAAAUGUACAAUAUGUUUUCGUUGUUGGAUUAUGUCCUGUUAAUAUUGUAGACUGUAUUUGAUCAUAA